AUGGAUUGUGAACUCAUUUUAAAAGAUUCCGGACGUAAACUAGUCUCCCGUUCGGAUGUCCGGGUGGAGACUGCCUUGAGUAAAACAAAACAAAACUAUAAAAGAGUAGGUACAUGGAAUGUAAGAUCCUUGGGAAGAAGCGGAAAGUUUNAUGUAAGAUCCUUGAGAAGAAGCGGAAAGUUUGAAAAUUUAAAACUAGAAAUGAGAAGACUAAAUAUUGACAUUAUAGGGAUAAGUGAAGUAAGAUGGCCAGAUCCCGGUGAUUUUUGGAGUGAUGAGUACAGAUUCAUUCAUACAGGCUCGGAAAAUGGACAUACUGGGGUAGGCAUCAUCAUGAAUAAACAAUGUGGAGAAAGUGUGAUCAGCUACUAUCAAUGUAUUGAUAGGAUCAUCAUGGUUAAAAUUAAUACCAAACCUGCUAUUACAACGAUUAUCCAAAUAUACAUGCCAACAUCAUCACACAAUGACGAAGAAGUCGAAGAAACUUAUGAUAAAAUAGAUGGAAUAAUGGCGAUGACUAAAGCAGGGGAGAAUGUUAUAAUCCUGGGCGACUGGAAUGCAGCAGUAGGCGAAGGGAAAGAAAGUAACAUAACGGGUAGUUAUGGCUUGGGAACCAGAAAUGAGAGAGGGGAACGACUAAUACAGUUCUGUACACAACCCAAAUUGACAAUUGCAAACACUUUUUUCCAACACCAUAAAUGA